CCCUAUAAAAUCUUUUCCGCACAGGGACGAAACUUUCCUUAUAGACCGGUGUUUCCUGUAGAAAAGACAUCCUUUAAAAGAAAUAUUCAAGAAAAUAAUCUGUUUGUGGUAGUUUCUUAAAGUAUCGAGGGGUUAUUAAAGGUGAUGUUUAUGAAGUAUAAUGUUAACCCUUUUAACUUCUAAAAUAAUAAUGCUGAUGGUGAAAUUAAGAAUCAGAUGGAGUCUAUAACACCAAAUGAGGAACGGUUGCUAUUGUUAAAAACACGUAAAUUCGGUGAUUCACUUCCUUUAGUUGAAUGAAAGAAGACGAUCAGUGAGACAGUGUGGAUAAGAAAUUAAAUGGUGUGAAUAAAAAUGGAGGAACACAGUGAAGACAUGAUCUCAAAUCCGUCAGUGAACGAUGUAGAUCAACGACAUCACUUGCCGACAAAUAUGAGUAAAGUCGAUGACGCGACCGACGUACAGUACCGGAAGUCGGGAAGCUCCCUGCAGCGCCUCCUUCGUCUCAGCCUGCAAAGAACGUUGAGCGUGGAGUGCCACGGCUUUUCUUUCUACGUGCCGUUCCUGGUCCUCUUCGCCCUUCAAGUGAUCAAGGUGUCCCUUCUGACCACAGAGAUGAUAAACUUCGGCCAGGACCGCGGCAGUUUUAAAGAGAUUGUCAGCAAGGGGGAACUGGCGUUAAAACACCUCCUGAUCAAGGACUGGGACGCAAGCUGGGAGACAGUAGCAUAUCCACCGGCCCACGGGGACUUUGCUGUGUAUACUGUGGAUGACCUCGUGGACGGAGUCAAUCAUGCAGUCCGUAUGUAUUACAACGCUCACACGAAGGCCAUUGGCUACUAUAUGCGCCUGGCAGACGACAAAAUGAAGGUACAGCUCAAAUACUUCGACUUUUCAGGAUUCGACCAAAUGUUUACUUCCGGUUUGCGGAUUCUAGAAACAUGUUUCGAAAUCGGCCAAGGUCUGAAUGAAAGCAUUGACAACACAACUGAUGACGUCAUUUACGACUUCGAUAUUAGCAAAGAGUUCAAUUACCUCAACAUUUCCAAAGCAGUGAAGAGAUUACUAUCUCUGACUUUGAACUUCACUCUGCACUCCGUGCGCGUGCACGCGACUGACCAGAAGGCAAGGUGCCUCGAGGUCAGCGGCAAUAUCGUGUUCGAGGACCUUGACAACAAUGGUCAGGUGGAGGUCGAGUUCAAGACCACAACCAUUAGGAUCACGUGUGCGGAAAUGAACAUCCGAAAUGUAUCCGACUUGGUAUUAGCGAACACCUCGGAGAAGAUCGGUGUUGCCCUGCUGUUGUUCACUGGACUAUCUCUUGUACUCUCCGUACUCAGUGUCAUAUUUGACGUCUACGUUUGCUUGAAAACGAAAGUGUUCAUGGGUAAGUACUACACACGGUUCUACCAGCCUGUGUCCUCCGAGGAGACGGACCUGCCUCUCUCUGAAUACUGGCACCUCAUCAAGCUCUGGGACAUCUGGGUCAUACUCGGGGACAUCUUCAGCCUCUAUGGCACCGUCUGGAUAGUAUUCAUGGUCAUGGAGAGCAAGUGGGUAAUAGGCCUGUUGGAUUACUACACCAUGUGGCUUGGGCUGGGCUCUCUUAUCUCCUGGAUAUGUCUUCUCAGGUUCUUCAAAAUCCACGAGAAAUUCUAUCUGCUGUUUAGCACCAUCUACCACUCGUUCGGAGAUGUUCUCGCCUUCAUUUUCUGCGUCUCUGUUCUCUUCAUGGGCUUCUGGAUCUGCGGUUAUGUCGUUCUGGGACCCUACCACGUCAAGUUCCAGACGCCUUCGGCUGCCAUGGAGACUCUGGCUGCCAUGGUAACGGGGGACGAGAUCUUCAUGACGCUGGAGAGUCUCGAGACACAAAAGGUCGGCAACAUGGCGGUUCUGUGGUUCUCCAGAGUCUACGUUGUCGUCUUUGUUGGAAUGUUCACCGUCAUUGUGCUCAACCUUCUAAUAGCAAUAUUCAACAACUCGUUCGAUGUCAUAACGGAAAUGAACGAGAAACCGCCAGAUGAACGCAACAAGCGGCCGCUCGAGUCGGCCAUCCGUGGUGUGUUGAGAACCAGCAGCGUCAGGGGUAGCUUCAGGACAUCCAUCCAUGAGAUGCUAUCCAAGAGCAACCGGCAAUUAACUUCGUCCAUUGAGGACUCCUUCCGGCAGGAGCUGCAGAAGCUUGUCCGCGUGUCGAGCAAUGCAGACAGCGUCGAGCUGGUGCGGCCCAGAACCAUAGAGUGCUUUAUGAAGGAUACAACCUUCAUAAACGAAUAGAGCGGCGCUUUGAAACGUUAGGAAUAUGUGGUUGUGUUGUAACCGGAAGUGAUCACUGCAUGAUUAGAGGAUAACAUGUUGUAUAAGGCAACUUCCCCGUUGAUAAGUUACAGGCGCUACGGCACCUUGGGCAUAGGCAAUAGCAAAUAAAUUAGGAUCAGCUCUGGAUCAAACACACACACAAAAUGUAGAAUCAUUGUGCAUACCUUUGGUACAAGACUUCUUUCCUUCAAAAACUCUUUGCGGUCAAUUCCAAUAUAUUCGAGCCGUGAUCUUUGAAAAGGGGGUUUAAUGCAUGUGCGUAAAGUGUCGUCUCGGAUAAGCCUGUGUAGUCCGCACAUGCUAAUAAGGGACGACAUUUUCCGCCUAAACUUGAUUUUUACUAAGAAGAAACUUUCUUUAAAAUAUUUUUUUUUUGCAUACAUUUUAUUUUUGCCAUAUAGUAAUACAUACAUUCAUGCAUAAUUCAUGUGAAAUCGUGCAACAUACAUAGCAAAUAAUAAACACGUACAUGUAGGGUGUGUAUAGCCUUAGGAGUAGUUAUCCAAAAAUUAUAUACAACACAUGUUUCAAAUUCAAAUUUGGAAAAAAGAAAAGAAAAAGACGGUAUAUACUUCAUAGAUUAAAGAUUCACAUUAAUUGAUAUUAACAUAGUUUCGAUCAUAUCCCAUUCCUGUUUAACAAUUAACAUAUAUUUGUCUUUCAUUUUUAGCAACAAAAAAAAACAAAGAAAAAACAACAAUAUUGGUUUACUUAUAAAAGUAAAAGUAACAACAUUGGUUUACUUAUAACAUGCCAUAAAAGUAGAGUAACACGUGUAUGUGUGUAUAUCUUUUUUCUAUUUAUAAAAUAAUAUGCACAUAUGGAAGAUGAAUUAUUUAAUUGCUGAGUUGCAUUAUGUGUAUUAAAUUUAAGUGCAGAUUUAACAAAAUGCAGAUGUGAUGAACUAUACAUAUAUAAGGUGUUAUGAUUAAUAAGUUAGUUGCAGGGGAUGUCUGAAAAAGCUUUGACUACAUGUAUAUACCAGUUUUUCUAUUCUUCUUCUGUUUUUAUUGUAGUUUUGUAUAUUUCAAAUGUUUGUUUCAUGCUAUUUACAAGUCCAAAUUUUGAGUGGUUUCUAUUUUUCUUUUGACAAUCAAAAAUGUACCGUUUAAUUUCAAGGCAAACAAUGUUUAUAUCAGUCAUUUUGGAAUUUGUAAUCCCAAGUAUUAGAUCCUGACAUGUCAGCUGAGUAUGUAAGCUAGGUCCUCUUCUCUUGAUGAUUUCAACAGCAAAUUUAACAAUUUCUUGGGUAUAGGGGAAGUACCAGAACAAGUGUGUUAUGUUUUCUUUUUCAUUAUUACAGAAUGUACAUAGAUUAUUGGCAACAAUUUUCAUCUUGAACAUAAUAGAUUUUGUUCCCAAGAUUCUGUGGAUAAUUCUACACUGCAACCAUCUAAUAUAUGUAUCCCUAGUUAAAUUGAACACCAAUGUAUAUACCUUUUUCCAAUAUAUAUUUACAAAUUCUGAAUUACAUUUUGUUUUACUAGUUGGAAUAUCACUAUUUUGAAUAAAUAUUUUAUAAAUAUGUUUGUCUUCUUUAGAACUGGUUACUAUUUUCUUUAUAUAAGUCGGUAGUAUAGGCCCUAGUGUUUUAUUGUUUAAAUUUGACAUGUUAUGACAAUUUCCAAUGUAUCUUCUUAUAAUGCUGGUAAAUCCUUGGUAUAAUAGGAAAUUAACAUGUGUUCCUAAAAGUAAUUCCAGAGAUUCUUUGGAAAUAAUACAAUCACUUUCUAUCAUUUUAUCUCUAACAAAACGAAUACGUCUUUCAUAUAAACUUUUCAUAUAAAUAUGACUGUUGUUCAGUUUAAAAUUAUGAUUAUAAAAUAGUGGCGUGUCCAGAAUAUCAUCACUUUUUAGUAUUGGCAGCUUUUCAAUAUAAAAUAUAUAUGCUUUCAAUACAUCAAGCCAAAAUUUAUUUUUUAGCUGUAAACAUAGUUCAAACCUUCUCGGCGUACAAUUUACCAGUGUUAACAAUUGUUUUAAAGUCUAUUAUCGAUUUAACAAGUGUGUAACACUUUUCUUCGCUUGACACUUAUCUCUUUAGACAUGUUAGUUUCAUGUUUUUCUCAAGUGAACAUAUAUCAAUCAUAUUAAAACCGCCUUCAUUGUACUUUUAUUUUGCUUGGUCCUGCCAAAAUAAAGUCGUAAAAGAACCAGUUUGAUCUUUGGAGAUUAAAAUAUCAAGUACAGUUUUUAGUCUAUUUGCUAUGGAUCCUGAUUCUAGUUUGUACACAACAUUUAAUAAAGCCAAUGGUCUUAAAUUGUUCUGAUGACACUUGGGCUUGUUUUCGUUAGGUAUGCAACUUAUAAUUCCAUGUUUUUUGUGUUAUGGAUAAGGAGUUUGUAAUAAAAGAAAGGUAACUUCUCA